AAGUUAGUUGUUCUGGAACCGGCAACAUAGGAAGCAAAACAACAAUAACAUCCAAAGAAUCAUCGUCACUGUGAUUUCAUUUUUGGUUCUCUGAUUCCCAUCAUCGGGAUCAGAGGAUCAAUCAAUCUCCAUUUAACAGAGCCCCUGAAGUUUUUCCCUUUUUGCGUCUAAAACGCAAUUUUGAAGAAUCAGACAGUGCCAUUUCUCAAUUUCUCCAAAAUGAAGGAGGGAAAAAUGGAAGGGUGGCUUUAUCUAUUUCGUUCUAGUCGCUUUGGUCAGCAUUACUCACGUAAAAGAUACUUCAUUCUCAAAGAUAAUGUUCUCACAAGUUUCAAUAUCAAACCCUCCUCACAAAUGGAGGAGCCAAUUAGAAGUGCAAUGAUAGAUUCCUUCAUUAGGGUUACUGACAAUGGAAGGGAGAGCAUCAACAAAGAUGUGUUCUUUAUUUUCACUAUAUAUAAUGCUUCAAAUCAAAAGGAUAAGCUUAAGUUGGGAGCAAGUAGUUCAGAAGAAGCUGCGAAAUGGAUACGUUCUUUUCAGGAAGCUGCUGUGAAGGAGAAUCCAAAUUCAGCUAAGAAUUUUGUGGCUUGUCACAAGAGACGGCAUUCAUCUUUGCGAUAUGGAGGAACGAAAAGCAUAGAUUGGAAAUACUCUAAUUUGAGUUUUCAAUCAUGUGCAUACUCUGAGGUUAUGACCACUGAUGUUAUUGCGCCUUCUCCGUGGAAGAUCUUUGGCUGUCAAAAUGGGCUAAGGAUGUUCAAAGAAGCCAAAUAUUGGGAUUCGCAUGGAAGGCAACGGAUGGGUGAUCAACAAGCAAUAAUGGCCGUUGGCGUGGUUGAUGGAACUUCAGAGGCCAUUUUUCAUACUCUAAUGUCUCUUGAUCCCUCAAGAACCGAAUGGGACUUUUGUAUAAACCGAGGCAGUGUUGUCGAUCAUAUAGAUGGUCAUACAGAUAUCAUUUACCUGCAAUUGUACAACGAUUGGCUACCUUGGGGUAUGAAACCAAGAGAUUUAUUGCUACGAAGAUACUGGAGAAGAGAGGACGAUGGCACAUACGCAGUGUUAUUGUAUCAUUCCGUGUAUCAUUCCAAGUGCUCACCCAAGAAUGGCUACGUUCGAGCUUCCCUUAAAAGUGGAGGAUUUGUGGUGACUCCUGUAAACAAAGGAACUCAAUCAGUUGUAAGACAUAUGCUUGCUAUUGACUGGAGAUUAUGGAAACUAGAUUUGCGACCUUCAUCUGCCAAAUCCAUAACCAUCCGUAUGCUUGAGAGAGUUGCAGCACUAAGAGAGUUGUAUAGAACGAAAGCAGGAAACUACUCGUCUGAGUCUCUUGUAAUGACAAAAGAUAUUGGGUUGCCAAUUACUGUAAAGGAGGAUGUUAAGAUUAAAGUUUCCGAAGAGAAUAAUAGGCCCAUUGAUGAACUUGUGGAAGUGCAAGAUGAAGUGGACGACAGAGAAAUUCGCGGCCGCACAAGUUUAAUGGGAUUGAAUGAUUCUGAUGAGUUCUUUGAUGUUCCUGAAUCAACAGAAUAUGAUCACUUUGAUAAUCCAUGGCACUCGGACAUGUCUUCAGAACAAAUCGGCGUGCCCCAACCCAGACUAUCGUCAGCUGCUGGUUUGGUCAAAAAGUUACACGAUCUUGCAAUUCAAAAGAAGGGUUACAUCGACUUGCAAGAGGCAGCUAGGGAGGAAAGUGCAUCAUGCUCUUAUGGAUUCACUCUUGCAAAAGAUCCAAAAUGUACUUUACCUUGCACUUGGGCCGAUUCCGAUCCAUCUUUGUUUUUGGUUCGAGGUGAAACUUAUUUACAAGACCAUACAAAGGUCAAGGCAACCAACACCUUGAUGCAAUUGGUUGGCGCAGAUUGGCUCCGGUGUGACAGACGAGAAGACGAUUUGUGUAGUCGUCCCGGUUCCAUAGUCCAGAAAUAUGCAGCGAAAGGUGGUCCAGAAUUCUUUUUUGUUAUCAACAUACAAAUGCCGGGGAGUCCCAUGUAUAACAUCGCAGUCUAUUACAUGAUGAAAACUCCUUUAGAAGACAAUCCUUUACUGCAAAGCUUUGUUGAAGGAGAUGAUACUUACAGAAACUCGAGAUUUAAGCUCAUACCAUAUAUUUCCAAGGGAUCAUGGAUAGUCAAGCAAAGUGUCGGGAAAAAAGCAUGUUUGAUCGGACAAGCGCUAGAAAUAAACUACAUUCGCGGCAAGAACUAUCUAGAGCUUGACAUCGAUGUUGGAUCUUCUACGGUUGCAAGAGGAGUGGCGAGCCUAGUUCUUGGAUACCUGAACAAUUUGGUGGUAGAAAUUGCAUUUUUGAUACAGGGUAACACACAAGACGAGCUUCCUGAAGUCCUCAUCGGAACAUGCCGACUCAAUCAUAUGGAUGCAACCAAAGCAAUUGCAGUGAAUACUUAACUUCUAACUUGAAAUAACUUGAUAUCUUUGAGGAGCAGAAGCUGAGAGUGUCUCCUAUAGUAUUAACAACAGCAAAAAGAAGGAAAAACACAAAGUAAAAAGGAUGAAGAGUGGUACAUGUUGUUAAAGAACUUGUGUCCCUGCAUGCUUCAUGUUUGGUCCAGAUAUUGGUGGUGUAGUAGGAGUUUUUCCUGUGAGAUUUUGCUGAGGUUAAUCACAUUGCUUGCAAAGAAAGUUACUAUUUAAUUGUAUCUCUUAUAUGAUAUGAUGAAAAAAUGACCUAUUCUUUUGUUGAUUCCUUGCGUUGAAUAUGUAAAAGUGAAAUAGAUAAAGCUAUUUGAGCCUGAUUUAAAUUA